GACGCACGAAGCUCAUUCGUGUGCCCUUCAUCGAGACCGACGGUUGCUGUUUGGACGGGGGAAAAUCCGGCGCUGUUCGCAAGGUAGCUUCGUAAACCCUUUGGCCGCUAACCAAGCGUAUCAAACAUCCUACUUUGGUGGCGCGAUCGUGUGCGUUUCUUUCUCAAACAAAAGAAAAAAGCCAUCAAGUGCAUCGGCAAGUGUGACACAGUGGCAGGCCGUUUGCUCGAGGAAGAAUAAAAGACAAUUGGUUCGUGUCUUCAAGCUGAUCUAGGAAGCGUAACGUACAAUCGGCAUUAAAGACAAACUCGAAAGUUGAGCUCCGAGCAGGUGCAAGAGCAAUCGAUCUAUCGUGCAGUAAAAGAUCGACCAAAGCGCAGUGACAGUUGACGGUACAGAAAUGGCGCACAAACUAAUAUCGUGUAGUGCCUGUGUGCUGGUGGCGCUUUUCGUGCUGAGUGCAGUGAACGUAUCAAGGCAGGCGUCGCUUUCGCUACGGGUCCUGUCACGUGGUGAGCGAUCCGUGUUUAACCAAACGCACAGCAACAAGACGUGCGAAGGUAACACACCUUGCGGGUGGGCAGUUUACACACCCGCGACAAGGGCGAUCGAUAACUUCAUGAAAAAUACGUGUGACUGCGAGAAGUUGAAGCAGUGCGUCCGAACGGACGACGAUGUCUCGAUCAGUGCGUACGUCUACCGCUGCCGGGAGCAUCCGGCCAAGGCAAAGUCCGUGCCCGCGUCCUGAGCUGGUAAAAGCGAUCCGAUCGUGUGCUUCGAAUGUCCACCGGUCGGCCAACGGCCAACACGCCGCAGGUUUGCUGGCCCGUGCCACCCCUGGACGCAUGCGGGAGUGUGUAUGCAAACUGUGUAAUUACUUGUAACACCACCUAAAUGCACUAACCAUACUAUUAUUAUACACACACACACACAUACACACACAAACUCACCCACAUAAAUAUCUUUAUAAAAGUUUAAAUGCUGAUUUCAAUAGUGGAGAAAGCAAACGAAAUCCAGGAAAGCUGAAAAAACACCCAUCCAACGAAAGAAGGAGAGGAAGCGAAAGAGUUUGAUGGUUAAAAUAUUUAAAAUUUAUUUAUAUUUGCUUGUUUAAUCGUUUAUCUCUUCAGAAAACAAAAAACCAAAUCUACGACUCAUUGUUGCGUAUCUGAUAUGUCUUAUGUUCUUUUUUUUUUAAACAUUCACCCCAAUCAGCACGUCCUGUUAGCAUUUUAUGAACAUGGUUUUUUUUUUAAUUAUUAUUAUUAUAUUAUACUUUCUUUAUCGGUUAAGCUUAGAAGUUAGAGGCCUAAAAUAUGCUCACUUCGGUAGCUCACCUCGGAGAGAGCUUGGGUGGUAGAUAGUAAACCCGUAAAGGUCCUUCCCAACUCAUACACAGCCAACACAAAUAUGUUUGUAGAAAAUGACGUCAUAUUGACGUUGUAUAUCUGCCCCGCCAGUUCCGGUUCCAGUUACAUCUCUGUUCCGAUACGUCUCAUACCGAAAAAGAAAAGAAAGUAAAACACAUUUAAUGCUCCCACUCCGAACCUCAGCUCUCUCCGAAAUGUGACUCAGAAGAACGUUUAAAAUAGAGGAAAAAACACUAUAGAAGUAGAGGAGCGAAACAAAAGUUGCUAAAUAGCAUCGGAGAAGCGGUAGCGUUAGCAGUACGGUGGUCCGUGGUUAUAACAAAGGACGUUAAAUAAAACCUCCCAAUCUUUGGAAAAGACUUGAUUAACUAUAUACAUAUGUAUGCGAUCGUCAAGGGGAAAGUAAAGAAAACGGAAAUGCCUGCAGGGCACGAUCGUCCGACGAAGAAUGCGCACAAGCAAAAACUCCCACAGUUUGACGUAUGAUUAAUGUAAACAUACUUUAAAAAUCAAACCCUCCCCCGUAAAAACGCAACACAAAACAUGCAAAACUCUAGAAAUCUCUUUCUAUUUGCUCGCUUUACACGUUUAAAACUGAUGUUUGUGUUGCUGUAAAAAGAGGAGCACACGAAAAAAAAAAAAUAGAUAGGAAAAGCAUGGCACUCCCAAAAUCCCAAAACAGACUCUACCCACUUUAUAGCGUACUUCCCCUAAUCCACGUGAUCCCCGUACCGAUCGGUCAGUUCAGCUCCCACUUUACUAUGUUUCUGUUGUCUUGAAAAAGUUUCACUCGUACUUAAGGAAAAACGGUGCAAAUUAAUUAAUGAUAAGCACGCUACGAAAUGAUCAUAGUUUCGCUCAGUUUCACCAUCCAGCCUUCAGGAAAACAAUAUUAGUGUAACAACACACAAACACCCAUACAUAUACAUCCGUAUCGCUUACAUACACAUACAGUAUUGAAACAUUUUUUUCAACCAUUAAAAGAAGAAGAAAAAAACACAACAAGCAAAACCAUAAUUACAUAUAAUAAAGAAACAUAAAACAGUUCGUAUUGCUACUCAAAAUAAGUGUUUUGCUCAGAACCGGUAUGCAACGAUCAGCACGAUCACUGAACGCAAAUGCCUAGGCAGUAGUAGGACAGUAUCCACUUCUAGGGGUCGAUUACUAAUUGUGAAGAAGUAUCAAAAUGAUGAAAUAAACAGACCUAAUCAGAA